CGAUGGACGUAAGAGAGCCUACUUGGCCCACAAGCUCGUAGCCGUGAUCCGCAAGAUGGAAGCUGAAACCUUGACGGCCGUUGUUCCCGAGGCAUUGGAAAUCUCUCAGUCUUUGACGUACCAGGCUUUGCUACAGUGCGGUACACCAGAAUGCUGCAGUGCUGUCAUGCAGAUAUUCAGGACCUUUGAGAAGUUCUCGGGUGAGAUUGACGCUGCUGUAUAUGCCAUGGGAAUGAUACCGCAGUCCUCCCGCGUCCUUGUGAAGGAAAUGUUGGCGAUGGCAAAGUUCAAGCCAAGCAAACCCAUCUACUACGCUCUCAGCAAUGCUGUGAGAAGGCUCUUUGAGACGGAUGGAGUCACCAGUGAGAUCCAGGCAGUGGCUGAUUACGCCCUUGAACAGAUCGGUGAUUGCACAGGUGACCAGGAACACGUCUUUCUUUCUUUGAAGGUCAUUGGCAACAUGGUGGCUGCAUUAGGGGCUGCGCGUCCCGCUUUGCAGUCUUCUGUUAUUCAAUGCAUCAAGCAGCCGGCUGCCUCCCCUGCAGUCCAACAGGCCGCGGUCCAGGUCUACAGACAGACUCCUGUACCUGAAGAGGGCCGAGAGGUGCUCAUGCAUGCUGUUCUGGACAGAGCCGCGUCCGUACAGAAGCGUGUAGCUGCGUAUCUCAUCUUGAUGAAGAACCCCAUGCCUCCUGAACUCGCUCAACUGGCAGCGGCUCUCCUUGUUGAGGAAAAUCCUCAGGUCAAGAGCUUCAUCAUCUCUCAUAUCAGCAACAUCUUGAGCUCUACAGCACCAGAGACCCUGGACUUGAGACAGAAGAUUCAAGAAGCCUUUCAAGGCAAUGAAAUUGAAAUGCUAAUGGAACCAAAUGAACUCUCUCGGUACUACAGACUUGGAUCUUUAGAGGGAAACAUGAUCUUUGAAUCUUCUAAUGAACUUCCAAGGGAGGUCAUGCUGGAGAUGACCUUGAAUGCUUUUGGAUUUGAUAUGGACUUAAUUGAGAUUGGCAUGGAGGGAAAGGGCUUUGAGCCCAUUGUGGAGGCUCUCUUUGGUGAUGAUGGAUUCUUCCCAGAUACUAUCAUGAAGACCACCUUAUUUGCCACCGACAAAAUGCCCACCGAACUCAAUGAGGUCUUGGACAACAUGCUGCCGUUAAUGGGAAACGAUAGGAAGAAGAGACAGGCUUCUCAAAACAUAGUCAAUGAAAUCAGUCAUAAUAUCAACAAGCUUAUCGAGGACUUAAAGGCCCAGGAUGCUCCUGAAGCAAUGGUGUACCUCAAGCUUCUGGGUGCUGAACUUGGGUAUCUUGAUACAAAAGAUGGCAAGAUGAUUCACAAUCUCCUUAAGAUGAUCCCCACUGACUUCCUCAAAAGACUGCUCUCAAGUGUCGACAACGAGCUUUUCCUUCACUACAUCUUUAUGGAUAAUGAGUUUUAUCUGCCCACCGGAGCUGGCUUUCCAGUGAGAGUGGCUCUGUCUGGUACUUUUACUCCUGGAGUAAAAGGAGGAUUGAGCUUUAAUCCAGGCAGGAGGGAAUUUGCUUUGACCCUGUCUGCUGGCAUUGAGUUUGGGACUCACUUUCCCGACUAUGUUCACUGUGGUCUGGAGAUGCACACGAACAUCUAUCAUGAGAGCGGUGUUAGAGCGAGGCCCUCUGUGACUGACAGCCAGCUCAAGCUCUCCAUUCCAGCUCCUCAUUGGCCAACGGAGCUCAUUAGCAUCACCGAUUCUCUGGUGUCUGUUGUUGGUGCCAAGGCUACGCCCAUUCCUGCCGAGGGCGAGUAUAUUAAUAUGAAUAAAUGCACUGCUUUUUUCCCUGGACUGAAGUACUGUACAGUCCUGAAGUAUCCUGAUGCAACAUCAAACGAUGCUGCCCCUUACUUUCCUCUCACUGGUGACAGAAAAUUUGCUGUUGAGCUCCAUCCAUCUGAAGAGGUCACAGAGUAUUUUGCCACCAUCAGCUACGCCUACGAAGAUGAGGCAGACAAAGUCACGUUUAGCCUGAAGGCUGAAGGAACAUCCCAUGAGGCCAGAAAUGUAGUGAUAUUAAACAGACAGCAGUACAGCAUCUCUGCAGAGUUGCUUAUCGAUUCUCUUCAGCUUGAUUCUAAAGUUUCUGCAAAACUGAAGCGUGGUGAGAAGUUUACUUUGGAAAUUGAGAGUGACCUAAAACUCCCAGAGACGACUUCUGUUCAAACACUCAUCCUGAAAUAUGAGAAUGAAAAGAUUGAGGCUGAAUUUAAGUCUGAUGUCAGAUCUGAAAUUCAAAGAAUCAUUCCCAACAUCCUUCUUGAUCGCCAGAUUGGCCUGAAUGAGUUGAAGGUCCGCGAUGUUCUGGCAAAGGCAGUUGCGAUUUUGGGAGUUCACACCGUGCCGGUGAUCACUCUUCCUGAAAGAUUGUUCCUAAAUGUAGAGGCUGCUGUUAAACAUCACUUUGGCCAGCAUUACUAUACCAUCACUCUUCCCUUGCCCUUGGGUGGAAAAUCCAGUAGGGAUCUGAACUUUCCCACAACGCUCUCCACACCAAACCUGAUUGUACCUCAUCUUGGUCUGGAAUUUGAAUCUGCUAGCAUUAACCUUCCAGAGGUCUUCAUUCCUGGGAGUGUGUCGCUGUCUGUGCCGACUCUCGGAUUGGUAGAGUUGUCCGGAAAACUAAACAGCAACUUUUACAUCUUAGACGCAGCUGUGUCUGCAGCCAGAGAUCCUGCUGAAAGUUAUUCUGCUAAGUUUGAAGUCACUGGCACAAGUCCUGUUGACCUUCUCUCCCUAAAGGUCGAAGGAUCUGCUCUAGUUGAGACCACACCUGGCGAUUCUCUCAAGGCUAACGUAAAGGCUGUGCUUCACCACAAGAUUAUCGGUGCCACGAUUGGUGUUGAGGGGGAAGUAGAAUUUGCUGAAAAACUCAGUGUGAAAUCCAAAAGCAAGCUUAAAGUUACUAGCCGUGUUGGAGUGCAAAUUUCAUUGGAGCACACUGGACAGUUUGGCGUUGAUGCCGAGGAGAUCUCUGGAGAUGGAAACCUGUUAGCAUUCUUCAAGGCUGGUUCAGUCCAUGGUUCAGGAAACCUUUUGCAAUCAGUCUCAGUCCUCCCAUUCAGACAAGAGGCAAAGAUUAAUUCUCCACUGAAAGUAGAUUCAAAACUUCUUCGGGCUCACAACUCCUUUGCUGUAGCCUUUGCCAAUGGAGAGCUGAUAAUUCUGGCCAACAACACAGCAUUUGACAACCUUCUAACAUUGCUAAACAUUGCUAAAAUAACCUUCAAGGAAUCCCAGUUUGAACUUAAUUCUCAUACGAAAGCACAGGUUCUUGGCCUGAAGAUUCAAAACGUGGUUGAGACCAGAGCUGGUGUUGAAGCAGUUAGCAUUAAGAUUGAGACCUCAACUUACAGCAUUGAAUAACUUAUCCAUUCCCUGGUCACAGGAGCACUGGACAUCAGUGGUCUAGCUAUUCACAGUGACGCCUCUGUUAAACUCAUUGGACACCAAGCUGUCCACAAAGCUAUUCUGAACCUCAAUAAAGAUGGCCUGAGAACCAAUGGCACAACCUCACUGCAAAGCCUCCUGAGUCUGCAGGAGCUUAAGCACACCUUCGAGAUCACCUACAAAAACGAAACUGCCACUGCUCAGUGCAAAACCAUUGGACAAAUCAUGGGAAGUCACAUUAACUACAACACUGAGCUAGAGAUUGCUGGACUUUCUGGUAAAAUCAAAAAUCAUAUACAUUUCAACUCCAGAUCAUUUAAUUUUGACACCAAUAGUGAUGAAUCUAUUCCAUUCAGUUUCAAUUUUGAUGCCAGUGUUAAUGGUAAGGAUAACACACACUUCCCUUAUGUACACGUAGGGCAUGGUUUUAUCGCAAAAGUCUUUCUAAAAGCAGAACCACAAUCCAUAGCUCAGUCUCAUGAAUGCAAAAUCUCAACCCGCCUUAACCUAGACAACAGUGUCAACAUUAAAUCACAAUUUGAAAGCAUGUCUGACACUUUGCUUAUCCCCUCUGAACAAAAGAUUAAAGUGACAAUUAAGGCUGAAGUGAACGACUAUGCCAGUAAACAGGAAAUCAGCGCUUACAACAGUCCAGCGCGGCUUGGGCUGGAAGGGUCUGGAAAAGUGCACACCAAUCUGUUCAACACUGCCAACACUUCUUAUCAGGACUUUGCAGUCUCUGGCUUCCUAAAGUAUGACAAAAGCACUGAUACACAAUCAAUUAGUUUGCCUUUCAUUGAAAGUUUUUCUCGAGUCCCUGACAACAUCAGAAUAACACUUGUGAGUAUGGGCGAGACCCUGAGGAAAUACAUCAACCGAGAGGGGAUUGCUUCUAAAAUUCAGAACAUACCUCAUCAUGUAAGUGAUUUUGUGUCUAAUUUGAACUUUGAGAGAAGAGCUGUGCAGCUGAAACAUGCCUUGAAAGUUCCGUACCACGAGAACGCAUUAAAGCUGAAAGUCUGGAUCGGUGCAUUUGAGAAAUUAGUGAGUGAUAUGUUCAACCGUUUCAGUGAGGCAUUGGAUAGUUUGGGGGAAUUGAUUGUGAUGGGUAUGCAUAUUGACAAAGUUGUUGAAAUCCUACCAAAGCACAUCAAGGUUUUGAUAUUUUCCAUCAUUGAGGAUGUAAAAAAUAUUCUUAGCUUGAUCAAGACCCAAGGUUACACAAAGCUGAAUGAAAUCUUCCAUCCUGCCAGUGCUGAGAACAAGCUUGACAGUCAGAUUCCUGCAAUUUCGACAUCUCUUCUAGUGCCAUCUUUUGGAAAACUGUAUGGUGAAAUUAUAAUCAGAACAACCAGAACCUCUGCAGAGUUCAUGAACGCCUCAAAGAGAUACCCUUUUUUCACAGCUUGCAUUAACUCUAUAGGAACCUCUGCAAACCUCAACGUUCUGAGUUAUGAUCUAGAAUCCACAGCACAGAUAUCGAUCCCCGAGACGAGUCCUGUAAUAGUGUCUGAAACUUUCAAGUUAACACACAUUGAAUUGACUUUAGACCAACAGGCAUUGUUGACUCUGAAUGGAUCUGCCUCUAACAAUACUUUCUUUCUUGAAACUUCAUACAAAAACCAGGUGAACAUCCCCUCACACUCACUGUUUGGUGAAGCUAUCCUGAUUCAGAAGGCUGUAGCUUGCCAGGAUGAUGCUGCAUUCACAAUAACAGUUAAAAAUGAAGGAACUGGCAGAUUUGCCCUUCAAGACUUCUCUAAGGAAGGCACCCAUAAGAGUGACUUGCAUUUGAACAUGGGCAUUGGCGCCGCCAAGCUGUCUUUUACUGGCCACACUGAUAGCGAUGCUUUGCAGAUCAAGAUGAAGAUGAAAGUGAAGGCUGAUGCUGUUGCUCUAAGGCACCUUGAAUUCAAUGCUAGUGUUAAUACUGAGUCUCCAUUUAUCAAGAACAGUUUGCUGGUUGCUUCUGGGAAGGCUCGCUUGAGCGAUAUGAUGGUGGAAAUCAAGGCAUCCCAUGUCACAUCGGUUGUCGGAGCUGUCAGCGGGGUCCUCUCUAAUGCCGCCAACAUCAUGACUCGUCCUGUCAGGGUUGUUAUUGACUUUCAGAACAGGGGUAUUGCUAAGAUCAACCUCUUCGAGUCUUUUUCAGCCAAUGUUGAUGUCUAGAAAGACUACACUGUUACCUUCAACUCUGACAUACAAGAAAUCAGCAGUGUGGUAGUCGCCUACUUAAA